CAUACUAUCUUUUGACAGGUAAUGGCAGGCCGACAGGCCAACGUGUCUCUUAUUUUUAAGUGAAAUAUUGCAUUGUAGCACCUGCAGGAAGCUGCGAGGGUGCUGGGCUGCCUAUGGACACCUUCUCCUUCAGGUGCACGCAUUAAGUGGCUGAGAAAGCAUAUAAAAAGAGGUGAAAUAGGGCUGCGCAACCGGUAGCUGUGCUAGCUUCCGGCCGACCAAGGUUUAUGGUUGUAUCGUGGGUCUCUCGGGCAGUACAUUCUCUUGUCAUGGCUGCUAAAUACAAUGUAGUGUUUGUACUCGGAGGACCUGGUGCUGGCAAGGGGACUCAGUGUGCCAAGAUUGUAGAGAAAUUUGGAUAUGUGCACCUCUCAGCGGGUGACUUGCUGCGGGAGGAGAGGGCCAAAUCAGGCAGUGAGUAUGGGGAGCUCAUUGAUGGCCACAUUAAGAAUGGUACCAUUGUCCCGGUGGAGAUCACUUGCCGUCUCCUGGAGCGUGCAAUGAAGCAUUCUGGGAAAAACAACUUCCUCAUUGAUGGCUUUCCACGCAAUAAGAAUAAUUAUGAGGGAUGGAACAAAGAAAUGGGGGACAAAACUGAUCUUAAAUUUGUUUUGUUCUUCACAUGCCCUCUUGAGGUGUGCACCCAGCGCUGUCUGGAUCGAGGAGCAGCUGGGUCUGGACGCACUGAUGACAACAUUGAGUCUUUGAAGAAACGUUUUGACACCUACAUGAAUGCCACCAUGCCCAUCAUUGAACACUAUGAGAGCAAAGGUCUUGUUAGAACCAUUGAUGCCACCAGGAAUGUUGAUGAAAUUUUCGACGAUGUCUCAAAGCUUUUUGCAUAAAUUUCUCCACCAAUCACACCACAAAAAUAGAUCAAAAUUUUGAAGACUAGUAUGCUGGCAUCUAAUGUCCAAGAAACAAGAAACACUUGUAGGUACCUUUCUUCUGCCAAUAAGAUCAAACUAUGAACUAAGGAGCCUUGUUCUGGGGGUCUCCACCAGUUGCCAGUGUGGACAAUUCAAAUGGGCUUCUCACCAUGCCUGUUGCUUGGAGUGGUGAAUUUGAUUGCAGCAGCAACAAUUUUACAUGUGAAUGGUCUUUGAUAUGCAGUGGAACAUCAGUAAGCCACAUCACUACCCUGCAUUAAGUAUCUGAUGGAGAGAUACAGGGCAGUAGCAGUGGCAGCCAUGCUUGAAGGCUUUAAGUGAUGCCAGGAAGGAGCACUCAGGAACAGCUCCACCAGGUAUUAUAUUUAUUCCAUCAGGUUAAUGGUAACUUUAAGUGGAAAGCAGUAUUGCUUAAUAUGCUUGUAAUACCAUAAAUUCAGGUACAUGCAAGUUCCUUUACCAAUUGUUAAGUCUUAAUAUUUAUAUGUAGUAUAGGACUGUCAUGCAUGUCGGCUAGCCUAAUGAAUUUUUAUCCUCAGUUGACACCACUGAGGCAGUGAAAUGAAUACCAAGAUUUGACUAUCUUACUUAUUGUUGGAGGCUGUCAUUCCAGGCUUACCUACAGGAAACCAGAUUCAUAAGUAUAUAGGUAUUGUUACUCACAUAUACACUACUGUGUUUUAAUAUUAUCACUUUCUUUGGAUGUUUUGGAUCUUGUGAAUGGUACUGGAACAGUGUUAUAUAUAUAUAUAUAUAUAUAUAUAUAUAUAUAUAUAUAUAUAUAUAUAUAUAUAUAUAUAUAUAUAUAUAUAUAUAUA